UGGACCAGCCUCGCCGCACCCGCGCUUACCAGUUGAUAACACGGCAGCCGAGAGCUUGUCAACGACAUGUCUUCUGCUCUGGUAUGGCAACUCACCUUGCUGAGACAUCGCCAGUGGCGUGUCUCCCCACGUCGCCGCCGCGCUCCCAUGCCGACCGCCUGGCCACGCGACAGAGCACCCUCCGCCUCCCACCGGCUCGCCAAACUCGCUCGUCCAGGCCGCGUACGUCACUGCCCGCCGGUUGUUAGCGCAGCACCGUGCCCGCCGGUUGUUAGCGCAGCACCGUGCUAUGCACUCUCGCCUCGUUGGCACCUGGCGGGCGCUGUACUCGACGGACACUGGACGAUGUGUCGCAUCUGCCGAGGAACCCAACGUAUCAGUACUGCCCUGCCACUCAGUGCACCACACUCACCUGUGCAAUACCUCUCUCGCAACGCCCAGCGCAUUCCCUCCAACGUCGGCUUCGAACUACCGCCCGCAUUCCCGGUACCCUCCCCAACCCGGUACGUCGUCCCUAUGCCGUGCUACGCACAGCCAUUACCCCGCUCGCCGGAUUUCGAUAUGUCGUGUAUUUGUUGAACGACAGAUGAGAGACGUGCGGAGGAGGCGGGGUCAACGACCGGGGUGGGUAGCGAAUGCCAGAGGUCAGUUCGCCAGACGACGAUGUGUCGUGUCUUCGAUGGUCGGGAUGCAGUCCACGACGUGCGAGGGAGUAUACAUGACGAUGCGCCCGCUGACCGAGUUCUUCACGGCAGCGAAUGAUCAACGAGGUGUCGUCUCUGCGCUACGACAGACGAGCCCGCUCGCCGGAAUUUCGUACGUCGUGUCUUUGUUGACCGGGGGGCGAGCACCGCACAGAGCAGGCGAGGCUGUCGGUGGUUUGUGGCGGACCAUCGGCGGCCGUCAGACGUCAGUUCCGCGGACGACGAUAUGUCGUCUCUUUGAAGAUCGGGACGCCGUGUGAGUUGCGUGUAUAGGCGACGACGUGCUCGCUGACCGCGUUCCUCGCGGAACGCACGAGAUGGUCGUGCUCAUGCACGCACGUCUCAGUCAAGCACCUCUGUGGCGUGCUCAUCCUAUUCACACUGAGCAUCGUGUGG